GACCGGAGGCCGGCAUAAAGCACGUUGUCUCCUCCGUCAGCCCGCAAGCGCCACCCCCCGCCCGCGCUCUCCGUGAAGUCCUGGCCUAGCUGCGUCCAUAGCAACCGCCCCAGCAGCACUUUAACACCACCAAGGGCAUUGCGCUGAGAGCAGCGCCGGGCCCCCCUCUUUACCUCCCUCCAACACGCACGCCGUCUAACAGCAUCAAGACCUGGGCUUAACCCCUAAAUGCUGCUGGGUCCUCCAGAGCCACCAUUUCUUACUUUGCAAGCCCAACUCAGCCUUUACCAUACUGCCUCCAAGAGACCCCCUUCUAUAGAGAUUGAUUUUAGAGCAGAAUGCCCAUUAUAAAAGUGCCGGUGGUACACAGAUUUGGCAUUGUAUCGUAUGAUGAACAUCAAAAACUUCAGCGGAAACUGUUGAGGAAAUAUCUGAAAGAUUCUUCUCCUAAAAUCAAGAAGACACAAAUAAAUCCUUUUGAACUUACAGAAGAUUUCAUUGAGCGAUUCAAUGACGCAGUAAAAACAGGAGAAGAAGAAGAAUUUAUACAGCUAGCUAAAAAAAUACUUGCUGGAUGCAAGAGAAGAUCAGGCCUUAGCACGUUGGGCUGUGGAAAACAUGUGGAUAUUCCAACAGCAUGGAUUGAAGCCAUGAUGUUAUCUCACUGCAAAGGAGAAAUCCAUGAUGAAGCUUUGGAUGUCCUCUUAAUUUCCUUGGACCAUGCACCCAUUAGUCCAGACCAUGUCCCAGUUUUAUUUUUCAUUGCGGAAUCCAUUUUGUAUAAGCUCUGUUAUGAUGCAGUACAGAAGCCAUAUCUGUUCUUAUGUGAAAUCAAAUUGUGCAAGCUUGGAUUUUUGGUCUUCUUAAGGCUUCUUCUUUUACAUUUCUUUGAUUACUUGCAAUAUUCUGGAGAACGUAAAGCCAGGCUUCAUAUUGGCCUAAAAGCACUAGAAGCUUGUGAGAUCUGCUACCAAGUCUAUCCGAACAUCCUCUUCAGUGUCCAUUUCAUGCUGAUGGCUGGAGAAACUAUCUGUGGAACUGCGGUGCUUUCUGAAUCAUCAUUAGCAACUGGUGCAGAUUUGGAAGAAAAAGAGGAUAAAGCAUUUCCUGACACAGCACCCAUGAGUACUUACAAAACUGCUGAAUUGAAUUCUGGACAAAAGCAGUUCAAAAUUAAGCCAUUUCUUUGGCACAGCCUCCUUGUUUGGGUUUGUGUACAUAACAGCUGCUCUGAGAUGGAUGAAGUACUCAAGCAUGUCCUAUUCUAUAAGGAACAGCUUCAUCAGAAAGACUGGUUAGAAUCAGUAUUGGGCUUGAUGGUUCUUGGAGAGACUGCGAAAUUAAACAUGUCCUGCUUGAAAGUUUUAAUGGACCUAGUGAGAGAUUUUAUUUCAAGCUCUAUGUCUCUUCCGAAGCAGCAAAAGAGCAAUCCAGAAAACCUCUCAUGCUGGCACUGGCAAGUGGGAUACAUAUACACCAAUAUACUCAAAGAAAUUUGUUUACAUGGCAAUAGUGCUGAUUUGCAAAAAACUGCUUUUCUUGGAUUCUGUGACUGUAUCAAGGAAGUUAAAAGUGACAAAGGAUUAAGAGGAGCAGGAUUGCUUGAGCUUUUGAGCUUCCACUCUUCACCUGAUGAUGACGACCAUCCUGACCUGUUCUGGGUUAUUCGUUAUGGUGUGAUCUACAAUCUAGUUAUCCUGCGUAGUGAACUUUCUGGGGUUGUGAACCGAGAUGGUUUAAGAAAUGCUGUGUGGAGAGCUUUACAGAAACAAAAAAACAUUGAAAAGGAGAGUCGAAUCCUGGAUGCUGUAAAUGUAGCAGAGGUUGAAGCCAAAGGCCUGGCAAACCUUUUCCUUGCAUCCAAAGAAAAAGUUUUAUCAAGUCCCAGAGAAGGCUCUUCUUCCCAGUACAUAGGGUGGAGAGUUGCUACUUCCAUGUCCCAUCACUUCUUGCCACCCAUUGGUCCAGACAUCCCCUUGCCACGCCAGCCUGCACGGAAGCCACCAUCGAUGCUGCACCGGGAAUCAGAGCCAUCUGUUAAGGAGAAGAAAGCCAAGCGUCUGUCUUUAAGGGAAGAACUUCUGCGAGCAGGAGUACCAAAAUAUCCAUAUCCAGAUUUCUUUACCCGCACAGAUAUGGAGUUAAGGAGAAUCGUUGAUAAUCAGUGACAGUAGUAUGACAAAGGACGACUGCGUACCCUGUGGAAAAUGACAAAUGACACCUUUUUCAUACCAUCUUAAACACACUUAAAAAUGUUUAUCUGUACAAGCCAGAGAUGCAAACCUGGUCUAUGCACAUGGUAGAAUGAGAAGUAGAAUACACUGUACUACUUCAGGUUGCUUGCAUGGGAUAAUACUUCAUACUGCUUCCAUAUGUAAAAAUCUUCCUAAGUGUAGAAAAUUAGCAUACAGGAAAUAGGCUGGCCAGAACCUUUCUGUGUAUGUGGUUUGGUUUUUUGCAUGGAGUUCUUUUUAAUGUGAGGGGAACACUCAAAGAUGGCAUGUCCUUCCACAGUCCGGAGUGGUACAGUCCUUAUUCUCCCUUCAGAAUUUUACCCUUCUGCAUACUAUGGAGCGCUUCUCAUGAUCAGUGGGAAGAGCUCCAGGGCAGUCUUUGGGGAGAGAGGGUUACAUUUGCUUCCCUGAGCAGUCAGAUUGCUUGCCCAGACGACUUGGUGGCUGCUUCCUGUAGCUCUGAGGGUCAGGGUGCUGGGACGCGCUGCUGCAUGUUGCUCCACCCCCAGAGCUCCACUAAAGCACCACGCGAGUGUGCGGUGUAUAAUUGGGAUCCUCCCUCCCUCCUCGAGUGUGCCAGCCAUGGCUGACACACAAGCAAAUAAAUGAGGUGAAGGGAAUGCUCACUCCCUUAACCUCAUUCUAAAGGGAGGCUACUUAAGCAGGUUUGCCACCAUGUAGCUGCCAGGAUUGGGCCUGAUCCCAUCAGUUCACAAACACAUGAAAUAUCAGGCUGAGCUCCCUUAGCCCGGUUUUGCACGCACGUGUGAAUAACCUCAGUAUGUAGAUCAGGCCACAGUUAUAGUUGUCUCCACCACACAUCACUUAUACUGGGUCCUUCUUCUGGGCUAUACCAAGUUGUUUGUCACUUGUUUAAUAUCCACACCUUAUUUCUCAACCCUUAAACAUUUUAUUCUUACUUAUUCUAAGUUUUCAGCCACUACCUUUUUGCUACCUAGAACAAUCAGGGUUUCCUGGUGCUGCUAAUUUCAAAGAGCUUGCUUGAAAUCACAGCUCCAAAGACCAAGUACCAUCCUUUAUUUCAGUGCUUCUUGCGUUUGCCUUACCGAAGACUUCCACAGCAUCUUUUGCUUGUGAAAUUUUAAUCUGGCUAGCCUAGAAGCAAUAGAGAGGAAGGUAGUGUGGCUUCUUUCUUUAAAAGUGGUGUGUUGGGCAUUUCUUCUUUCUGACUGUUCUACUGGGACUGGUAUGAUGCAAUGGAGAAGAGAGUUAGAUUUUGUUGUGGAAGAAAAAUAUAUGUUCAAAUCCCCAUUCAGCCUUGAAACUUGCUUACUGGUUUGUCUAGGGCAGGUUGCUCGCUUUCAGCCUUGCCUACUGCACAGCACUGUGGUAGAGAGAAAUAUUGGAAAGUGUUAGAAACAUUCUUAUGAAUGACAAUGGUCACAUACAAUUUGGAGAUGUUUCAUAACACUUGUGGGUUGGGACUUAUCCUUGCAAUCUUUCACAUAACUGUCCAGAGCAUUCUUGCUUUCAAAACGUUUUUAAAAUCUGCUGUUAUUAAGCCAGUUCGGGGAAUGAAAUGAAUAAAC